AUGACCUCAUUGUAUACGCAUCUGCAAAAAAACUGACGAAUUGUAAGAUGUGAGUAUGAAAAACCGGCCAAAUGUCCAUAAAUAUUGGUCUGAGAACUAGAAAGAAAGAAAAAGCUGAAAGCAAAUCAAUUUAACAAUGGCAGAAGCAGUAAAGAGGUAUGCAGUUGUGACAGGAGCUAACAAAGGGGUUGGAUUUGGCACAGUUAAGCAGUUGGCUUCAAAAGGAGUCGUAGUUGUGUUGACUGCUAGAGAUGAGAAGAGGGGUCUUGAAGCUCUUGAAAAACUGAAAGAUUUUGGCAUUUCUGAUCUCGUUGUCUUUCAUCAGCUUGAUGUAACAGAUUCUGCUAGCGCUGCUGUAUUGGCGGAUUUUGUGAAAACCCAAUUCGGAAAACUCGAUAUCUUGGUAAAUAACGCAGCAAUUAAUGGAAGCAUAGUAAACCCUGAAGCUUUUAUGUCAGCUGCUACUGGUAAGAAGCUUGAAGAAAUAAAUUGGAAUGAAAUACCGAUCAUACCAAACUACGAGUUAGCAGAAGAAUGCCUGAAAACAAACUACUAUGGUACAAAAAGAGUGACUGAAGCUCUUUUGCCCCUCCUUCAGCUAUCAGAUUCCCCCAGAAUCGUCAAUGUUUCUACCGGUGCUGCUAACCUAGUGAAUUUUCCAAAUGGAUGGCCUAAAGAGGUACUGAGUGAUGCAGAGACACUUACAGAAGAGAGAAUAGAUUCUGUGUUGAGUGGAUUUUUGGAAGACUCUAAACAAGGUUUGCAAGACACCAAAAUCUGGCCUCCUUUUUUUCCACCCUAUAGUGUCUCGAAAGCAGCCUUGAACGCGUACACUAGGAUUUUGGCCAAAAAGUAUCCAAAUUUCUGCAUCAACUGUGGCAGCCCUGGAUUUGUCAAAACUGACAUGAGCUUCAAUGCUGGCAUCUUAACCAUCGACGAAGGUGCUGAAAGCAUUGUCAGGUUGGCGUUACUCCCCAACGGCAGUUCUACUGGCCUCUACUUUUCUCGGAAAGAAGUGGCACCUUUUUGAAGGUUCUUUUAUGUUUCAUCAAUAAUGAUCAUCAUUGGUGUGUUUACAAUGUAACAAAUGAAGUUUAUGAGCUUAUGUUAUAUGUUCGUGAAAAUUCACUUGCCUAUUGUAAUACAGAGUGUCGUUCUCUUGGUCACCCA